AUGCAGGCCGCUUACUACGACGACCCCUUAGAGCUGGAAGCCGCCCUGCUGGCGAGCCUGGAGGACGCGCGCCUGCAGGCCGGUCUCGACAGCAGCAGCGGAACCGGCAGCGGCGGCGGCGGUGGCGGGAGCCAGCCGUCGCCGCCCCUGCCGGCGGCGGCAGGGGAGUCGGUCAGCCCAGCGCCGGCGGCGGCGGGGCCGGCGGCAGGCUCGCCGUCGGGGCGGUCGGGAGGGGCGGCGGGGAGCGGGGGGAAGGAGAGGGCGAAGAAGGGGCCUGCGGUCGCCCGGGGUUCGGCUGGGAAAGAGGGGGUCACGAACGUCGGGGGCUUCUCCUUGCGGCGCGCCAGGGCGCUGUUCGGCGGCGGCGCCGUCGCCGCCGCCGGCCCCAGCAAGCCCGCCGAGCCACACGCAGCCGCUGCACCAGCAGCCGCUCCCGCCGCCGCGCCCACGCCGCCGGCCCUGGGCGCAGCGCAGAACGGCGCCUCCGUGGCGCCCCGCCAGUCCGCUCGGGGCCCGGCGGCCGCUGGUGCCAUUGGCCCGGCGGCGGCGGCUGCAGCUGGGGCAGGGGCGCCCGGCCCGGCUUGGCGGGAUGACUUGCCCUCGACAGAGGAAGAGGCCGAGGCUUUGCUGCAGCAGGCCCUGGCGCUAUCCCUCGGAGAGCCUGCCGCCCAGCCCGCCGCCGUCGCCGCUGCCGCCGCCGCGCGGCCGGAGGGAUAG